AUGUUUCCGUUGGAUCGACUUUUCACCCAAAUUGCACCACUGAUUGUUAUUGAGGGAGAGUAUCGAGAGGAUGAGCGUUCUGGAGUUUCAUAUGAUUUACACAUGCGAGAGGAUAAUUUAAAAAUGAUUGAAUAUAAUCUUCUAUCAAUACAUAGUUUGAUGUAUUUAUCAAGACUAAUGAAUAAUUAUUGUGGUUUCAAUAUUCAUACAAAAUGUAUAGGAAAUAAUAGAACUCCAAUCUCAACUAUUUUGCCAGAUUACUGGAAUGAUGGCUCCAUUUUCCCAGAAGAAGACGAUUCACUAGUGGCACUUGAUGAGUUGCAGUAUGAUGUGACUCUAGAUGGAUACUAUGAAAUUUUUGAUUCAUUUGGAAGAAUGCCAAUUAUUAAUUUUUCUCUCAGACCACCAGAAGGGGAAGAAGAAGCAUUGAAGCAAGAGAGAAACAUCAUCAGAGAACAACAAGAAAAACUGGAGAGAGCUGCCAUAGAAUUCGACAAUAUCCCGUGUAAAAAUAAUCGACUUUAUUAUGACUCCAUAAUGACUUCAUAUGAUAUGAAGUCAUAA